GCAGACCUGCCCAAGAAGAAAAGGAUGGUUUUUCCCUGCAAAUCAAACCAAAACUACAGCAGAAGAAGAAAAAAGGAUAGCUUUGGUUUGAAUUUCGAAGUCACCUUUCAACCUUUUUCACAUGGAAAUCUGCAGGGAUCUCUCUCUCUCUCUCUCUCUCUUUCUCUCUCGAUAACGUGACGACCACCCAACGCCCUGUGCCCAUGGCGACAAGGGUCCGAACCCCGAACCUUCUCUCUCUCCUCUAACCACCCACAUGACCUUUUUUCGGUGCCCACUUCACCAGAGAUCUCUCCACCUCUCUCUCCCCGCUCAAAUUGACCUCUUCCUCGUUGCCCCACUCAAUCAGAAGCCAGAGAUCCACACUCACACUCCCUCUCCCUGUAACCACACCAUCGCCCAAUGACCUCCAUUAAUGGCUUCCAUCAGAGCUUCCGGAGGAACCCCGCGUACCACCAACUGGACCACCCCCAAAAAUGAAUCACUUGCCCCCACCCCCUCCGUCCACCAAAACCCACCGCCACCGGCUCCCAGGGUCUCCCCAGCUGCCCUCCCCAUCAUCGCCGUCCUCGCCGUCCUCCUCCUCCUCUCCGGCCUCCUCCACCUCCUCUUCCGCUGCCUCCUUCCCCGCCCCUCCUCCUCCUCCUCCCAACCCUCCGACCCACGGAUCCCCGCCGUCGAUUCCCGGCAGCUGCGCCAGCUCUUCCGCCUCCAUGACUCCGGCGUCGACCAAUCCCUCAUCGACUCCCUCCCCGUCUUCUCCUUCCGCUCCGUCCUCCGCCCGAGACUCGGCGAGGCCUUCGACUGCGCCGUCUGUCUCUCCGAGUUCGCCGAACACGACCGGCUCCGGCUCCUCCCCAACUGCGCCCACGCCUUCCAUCUGUCCUGCAUCGAUACGUGGCUCAUGGCUAACUCGACGUGCCCUCUCUGCAGGGGGAGCAUCGUCGACAUGCAAGGCCUGAUGGCCAUCAUCUAUGAUGACGACGACGAUGCCAAUCCCGAUAGCUGCAAUGCUCUUGGUGGUGAUGGUCAUGGUGAUGGCGAUUUGGUCGAUGGGUACCGCAAGUCGAGCGGUGCCGAUGGCGUUGGUCAUCAUCAUCAUGACAAUGCCGGCCGCCAUGGCGAUGGCAAGGUGUUGAGCGUUAAGCUGGGCAAGUUCAAACACCUGGAUGAUCAUCAGCAUCAUCAUAAUCAUGAUGGUGAUGAUGGUAAGAUCGGUGAGAGCAGCGGUGGUGGCAGCGCUGGCGUCGAUGGGCGGAGAUGCUUCUCCAUGGGCUCGUUUCAGUAUGUGAUGAGCGAGCCCGGUUUGAGCGUGAGGUUGGCGCCGGUCGGGUCGGCUCGGACCCAGGGUUCGCGGGUGAGCGAGGUGGAUGAAAUUGGUGGGCUCGGUUUGGAUUUGGAAAGCAGGCAAUUGAGCAAGCGGAGCAGAGGAGACAGCUUCUCCGUCUCAAAGAUUUGGCUUUGGCCGAGGAAAGACCCUCUCAAAGGCUGACAUCUAUCUUUUCUCCGGCCGCCGGCGGCGGCAGCAUUCGGCUUAGCGGCCUGAAGCUGACAAUACAAUCAGUGUGAGCUCCAGUUUAUAUGUUGACGCGUGUGAUUGAUGUUUACACCACCCAUCAAGUCACCCGGUGGGGGUCACACUGGUAAGGUAAAAGUAAAACUCCUCCCUAUAUCGAGCGUUGCCCGCUGGGUAACUUUAUCCUCUUUGUCUAGUGUGGCGCGGGUGGCUUUGAGGUCUGUUGGUGUACCAUGAAGAUGGCAAUAAUCUUAUUUCCCCUUCAUUCUUCGAUUGUUAA